GCCAAUGGGAUCACAUCACUUCUCACUAGAUCCUCCUUACCUUUCACUCGUUUCCUCGACCAGGUCUCCAUGACGACAUACGACAGCGCGCAGGUGGAUUGGACUCUCGCUUCUCCACAUGAUCGUUUGAUGAAAAACGAUCAGGUGAUAGUUGGCGGUGAAGAUGGUGUUGUGAUCGUGCUUGAUCCCGGAGGAGUCGAGAAGGAGCCGGUCCUGAUUGAGCAGCAGAUAGGGAAACCUGUUAUCGAUAUAAUCAUAGGAGAAUUUCUACCCUCUGUUGGAGCGGUGGGUAUCUUCCAUUAUUUUCUAUUAUAA